AUGGCAAAUUCCGAUCUCUCAAUGAUCCUUCCCAGAGUACUCAUUGUCUCACGUAGAACAGUUCGUAAAAACAAGUUCGUGGAUUUUGUCGGGGAAUACCACCUGGAUCUUAUCGUCAGCUACGGUGCGGUGCCAGUUAUCGUCCCAAGAGUGAGCGGAGUCCACAUGUUGUUGGAAAGCUUUGAGCCCAUCCACGGCGUGCUCCUUUGCGAAGGGGAGGACAUCGACCCAUCUCUCUAUGAUUCAGAACUUUCAGGUUUCUCAAUCGAAGAACUGGAGGAGAUCAAGAGAAUCCAUUCCAGUGACACCACAAUCGAUAAGGAGAAAGACACGAUCGAGUUGAGCCUCGCCAAACUCUGCGUGGAAAGGAACAUCCCCUAUCUUGGUAUCUGCCGAGGGUCCCAAGUUCUGAAUGUGGCGUGCGGCGGGACGCUUUAUCAGGAUGUGGAGAAAGAGUUGUCCAAAAAAAUCUCGGUUGAUGAAAGAAUCUCUCAUAUAGAUUAUUCUAACUACGAUGGACAUCGCCACCCAGUAAGAAUGGUUGAGAAUACCCCAUUACAUCGGUGGUUUCAGGAUUCAUUGGAUAAAAACAAAAUGGAGAUAUCGGUUAAUAGCUACCAUCAUCAGGGAGUUAGGAAAUUGGCACGAAGGUUCUUGCCAAUGGCAUUCGCUCCUGAUGGCCUAGUUGAAGGAUUUUAUGAUCCUGACACUUAUUGUCCUGAAGAGGGAAAGUUCAUAAUGGGUCUGCAAUUCCAUCCUGAAAGGAUGAGGAAUGUAGAUUCUGAUGAUUUUGAUUACCCUGGAUGUCCUGCUGCGUACAAGGAAUUUGUGAAAGCAGUAAUUCAAUUUCAGAAGAAGUUGAGUAGAUCAGAAGCACCCAUGGCAAAAUUAGAUUCAAAACUUGACAAGGAAUUGGAAACCAAGAGAAGGAUACUUGUGAGAAGCUUCUCCAUUGCAAAAAACAUGUAUAGCUCAGGAAGUGGGAUGGGUUCACGUCAAGACUCAGAGCUUGAAGCUGGAGCAACAUUUUUGGAGGAAAAUACAGUUUUGAGUUUGCAGCAAGUGAAUAGGUUAAAACAGAUGGGGGCAACAGUGAGGAAUGGUUCGGGGUACAGACAAAGGUUGAGGAUGAACAAAGAGAGGGAGCAGAUUGCUAGGGGUAUGAUGGGGAAAAUGACAAUAGACCAAUUGUCUGAAUUGUUAUCAUUCUAUCACCUUAUGGGAAAAAUUUGUUCAGAGACUUUAGAUAGGAAGCUUGAAAUGGUGAAAGAAGAUAAAUGA